UCAGCAAUGGAGACCGGCGGCGGCGCACUGUUCUGGAUUAUCACGUCGAAAGAGAGUGUGGAAAACUCGCAGGAAUGGAAAGUAUUUACAGCUGAGCUAUUCGAAGCUGUCCAACAGCAACUGAAUGAAAGUCAUGUCAAUCUCUUCACUGAUCUCACAGAAGCAGAAAAAACACUCUUUUUGGAGAGAGCUGCAAAAACCAUUCGAAGAGGCAAUGCUUAUAAAGAAAUGAUGAGUCUCAUCCGCUCCAGCCUAGAGAGUCAGCUCUGUGCAUAUGUUGGCAAACAGUUAGAAGAGGGCAGCAGUGGCAUCUCUUCUAAUUCUGUCUACUUUCAAACCCACGUCAGGGAAGGAAUGAUUUAUCUUCUGCAAAAGUGGCCUGAUAUGAAAAAUAAGUUGCAUAUCAUGUUCAACCACCCUCUUCCAUCAGAAAUCCGAAGGACUGUCUGGAAACUGUUUUUGACAAACACAAAAACACGAAUGGAAUACUUAACAAGAGUGUCAGCAAACAAAGCCAAGUCUGUUAUUGAACGGGAUAUUGCCACAAAGUGCAAGGCUUUGCUUACCUCUGAAGAAACGUUGCGGCCUCUAAAUGAUAUCCAACUUGCAGUAACCGUCAUGAAAAAUGUAUUAUCAUACUACCAUCGACUACAACAUAUGAAGCAAAGCCUUACUGAUGCAGAAUAUUUUCUAUUGAUACCACUGAUUCAGGCUGCUAUUGAUGGGAUCAGCCCAAGUACCUCAGCAGAGGCUGUUACCACUGCUUUGGUCGAGGCUUAUAUAACAUUUUUGGAAUCAAGACCAAAGUACAUGCAAUCUGUCAGCCAAGAGACACCUGACAGCUAUUUCAGUGAAAUCUUUGAAGAAGUGUGUCAGAUAUUGGAAAACAAUGAGAGGGAACUGACAGAUGUUUUUCAAAAAAUAUUUGCACAACAAGGUGACAGUCCACAUCAGACUUUGCUCAGAGGACUCAGUUCCAUACUUCAUCCAGUGCUCCGAGUAUUUUUUGUAGGUUACUUGAACAUGACUACAUUGCUUUAUGUUUGGGACCAGUACAUCAUUGGACUUGAUAAACCUUCCUACAACUGUGCAACUGCUCUAAGCUUCACUUUUGUUUUUCUCUUGAAAGAGCCUCUAAAAACAUGUACUACGAACACAACAAUGGCUUCUGUGUUGAAAUCUCAGGGACCUUUGUUAACUGUUUGGCAGUUUCAACAUGUCAUCAGUAAAUAUUUUUACAAAGACCUUUUUAGUAAAUUAACCAAAGAUGAGGCAGACAGAUUCCCUGUGUUAGACCCAAUGCAAGCAUUACUUCCCCCUUGGACAAAUCUUUCCAGCAGAGAUAUACCUUUGAGGAUACAUCCUAAAGACAGAAAGCAUGCAAGGGAAGAAAGAGAAGUCCAGAGGUUAAACCUCAUACAGAAGAAACAACAAGAAGAGAUACAAAAGAAACUUAAGGAAGAAAGUGAAAUCAGGCAUGAAGAACAAAGACUACAGAAACUGUUAGAAGAAACCGAACAAAGCCACAAUGAACAGAGACUUCAGUUCGAAGAGCAGAUAGCCCAGGAAAAGCAAAAGUCUUAUGAAAUGCAAAAACAAGCUGAAGACCAGAUCCAUCAGCUGCAGGCUGAGAUCAAGCAAAUUAAAGAGAGCAGAUGGUUUUCUGGAGAGGUUAUCUCUAUAAGAAGCUUUGGGACUCCUCCACCUUCACUAGAGUCUAAGACCCCAAGUCAGGAACAUCAAGUACCAACACAUUUUUUGCAACAAAACUCAUUCUCUAAAGAUACUGAUGAAAUGCCUGAUGCAACAGCCAUAUCAAAGCAAGUCAAUGGAAGGACGGCUGAAAGCAUUGCCUCAGACCUGCUUCAGAUAAUCAUGCAAACAGCUGAUAAACUCAUUAACGGAGAAAAUAUGCAAAGGAAAGUCCUCAAUUCAAUGACGAAGGUUCAUAUUCACAAUUAUAAUCAGGACAUAAAAAAUGCAGAGCUUGAAGUAUUUGGUAGAAAUCUGGAUCCAGGAGAGUUGGACAAAAUGAAAGAGCCAUAUAAAUCACAAAUGAAGAGAAGACUGAGUAAUGCAGUCACCAGAGCAGUUGAAGCUCGAUACAGAGCACAGGUCACAGAAAAGAAACUUCUUUCCAAACAACAUACCUGAUUAUAAUACUGUGUGGGGCAUAAUACAAGUUUUUGAGAGUCACAAUACUAUUU